UCCAGUCUCCAUAUAAGGAAAAGAAGUAGGUUCUCUGACUUUUAACCUCCUUAAAAAUCUCCUAAAACUCAUUUUCCUCUUCAAUCUUACCACACAAAAAAAGCUUUCAGCUUUCAAGUAAAAACUGAAAACAACAAGACUCAAAAAGAGUGUUUUCUUUACCUCCCAACCCUCAUCCUAGAACCAAGAAUUUCCUCACUGCACACUCAAUUCUUUAGUGAGAAUAUAUUCUUAGCUUGCUAAUCCCUUUUCUCUCUUCUAUAUCCUCAAUUCAAGCAAGAAUGUCUUUUUGAGUGCAUGCACUUUUUACUUAUUAUAAGAGUCUGAACUUGCGAAACAUAUGUAGAAGAUUGGAUUUUUAACGUAUACCCAUCUGCUAUAAUGGGUAGAAAUCUAUAUGAAAUCAAACAAAAAGAUGGUUUUUCUGUAAACUCAUCUCCUCUAUCACCUCCUUCUUCAGCAUUAUCAUCAUCUGUUAACAAAAUUAGCCCUGUAAUUCUUUUAGUUAUAAUAGCUCUUGCUGUUAUUUUCUUUAUUUCUGGUAUUCUCCAUUUACUUUUUAGAUUUUUCAUGAAAAGAUCUCAUUUUUCACCAAUUUAUCAUUCCAAUAGAUACCCAGAAACCUCAACUUCUCAUUCUCUACAAAGACAGCUUCAACAGCUUUUUCGCCAACAUGAUUCAGGUCUAGACCAAGCUUUUAUCGAUGCAUUACCUUUAUUUUACUACAGAGAUAUUUCGGGCUUAAAGGAACCAUUUGAUUGUGCAGUUUGUUUAUGUGAAUUUUCAGACAAAGACAAGCUUAGGUUACUUCCUAAGUGUAGUCAUGCUUUUCACAUUGACUGUAUAGACACUUGGUUACUUUCAAACUCCACUUGCCCCAUUUGUAGAGGUACCCUUUCGAGCUCUACUCUUAUUCAAAUGGAAAAUCCAUUCAAUUUUGAAUCUUUAAGAGAAGUGCCGAAUGGCUUUUCUGGUGAUAGAGAAAAUGUGUCUUCAAAAUUUCCAAAGCCAGGUAAUUUAGAGGAAACUACAGGUGAAAAGAGAGUAUUUUCAGUCAGACUAGGAAAAUUUAGAAGCUUUAAUGAAGGAGAAACUAGUGGAGAGAAAGGGCAAGGAGAGACUAGCAGAAGCAAUUUAGAUGCUAGAAGAUGUUACUCCAUGGGCACUGUUCAAUAUGUGGAGGGUGACGCAAAUUUGCAAGUGGCUUUAUCUCAUGAUACCGUUAUUAAUGGCAGAAGAGAAAAUGGGGAUUCUUUAGUUGAUGGAGAAAUUGAAGGCAAGAAAAUAAGAACCAGAACAAGAGGAGAUAGUUUUUCUGUUUCAAAGAUCUGGCUUUGGUCUAACAAUAACAGAUUUGCAACUUCUUCUUGUUCUUCAAGUACACAUACGGAUAUGUCUUCUCUUAAUAUAAGCUGAUUAGUCUGGCAACUUUAUGAUAUAAUAUUUUGGGGACUCUUGAUUGAUUUA